AUGGCAGCUCUGCCAAGCUUUCGGGUAAGGGAAGCACAUCCCUUUUCGGUGGUGGGGAUCGAUUACGCACGUCCCUUGGAAAUUAAAGAGUUCAGUUUGCGAAAGUCCCGAAUUGUAAAAGUUUAUAUCGCACUAUUUGUCUGUAUGACUACUAAAGCUGUGCAUUUGGAGUCAGUGACGGCACUGUCUACUGAUGCGUUUCGCUUAACGCUAGAUAGGUUUGUAGCUCGUCGUGGUGUACCAAUUUCAAUCUAUUCAGAUUGUAGCACCAAUUUUGUCGGUGCGGCUCGUCAGCUAAGACACUUGGUCAAUCAUUCGGAUAGUAGGAGUCAGUUGGCUGGCCAUAUAACUUGUAACUGGCACUUUAAUCCUCCGGCAGCUCCCCAUUUUGGGGGAAUUUGGGAAGCGGCCGUUAAAUCCGCAAAAUCCCUGCUCAUACGCGCCAUGUCUUCUCAAGUUUGGACGUUGGAAGAAUUUACAACAAUCUUGUGUAGGGUCGAGGCAGCCUUGAAUUCGCGUCUGCUGGUACCUGCUUCGCCUGAUCCAAAUGAUCUAGAAUGCCUAACACCUGGCCAUUUGAGGUCGACCUCUAAUGUCUAUCCCCGAACCUGUUGA